GCAUCGUCAUCAUCGACCGGACAGGCUUGGCUGCAGGUAUAGUACGUACCCACUUGCCUUCGAAAGUCAUACGCCAGCUCGAGAGAUAGACUGGCUCUGAACUGGCAGACAGCAGAUCGUCAGCAAAGAGCAAGCGUGGACAGCAGCAGACGCCUGCUUGCCCGCCGGCAUGCUCGAACAUUUCGACACCCAAUCAGAUGGCGUGCCCACUGGCAACCUUAUCAGGGCUGACAGUGCCUCUAGUGCCACGAUGAGUCUACCAAAAGGUAAGGCGAGAGCAGUGGCACCCACCAUCAGUCCUACCUAUGGCCUCGGCAUGUCCUGCGAGGCCUCGAGUCAUACAUCGCCCGCAUGGCUCUGGCCAGAGAAUCAGAUUUCCCACGGCAUCCCCACCGCCAGAGACCGCUCCUACACGCUCUCGUCAGUUACUUCGACCAGCAUAUCGUCCGACAGUCCCUCAAACGGCGACCUGCCGGGCGCUUCACCCCUUUUUGAUUCGUCCUGGCGCGAGCGCCAGACGAGCAUCGACACGGCCGCUUCCAGUUUCGUCAGUACGCCUGCUUCGUCCUACACCUCUCCAUCAUCAGGCAUGUCCGAUAAGGUCUGGGGCAAACAGCGCCGGCGAACGCUGUCUGGUCUUUCGACAAUGAUGACUAUGCUCGAUGCACUCGACGCCCUGGAGGAGCAUCCCGCUGCUUCGCCGGCUGUCACGCAAUCAUCGUCUGACCUCCCUCUGGACUUUGCUCGCCGGUCGAUCGAGCAGAGCCAGUCAGAGGGCUCGAGUGGAUUGCAACAGCUCAGGGCAAGCUUAGAGGAGUUCGAGACAUCGCCUCUCUCGGCAGACCAGCCCGCGGACCCAUUCUCGCAUGCCCGUGCCAAUCUGUCGCAAGAAAGUGUGACAAGCCGACGCUCGAAGACCUCCUUGGCCCACAAAGUAUUGAAAAAGAUCAAAUCAAAGUCUCUGCGAUCGUCGAGCAAGAGCGCGAGCACCGGUCUCUCUUUACCGCCACGUCCGGGCUCGUCCUCGUCAUCCGCAUCAUCCAUGGCAUCGGUGCCCAUAUCACGCUUCGAUCUCGUCAUCUCUUCAGCACAUUCGUCUACCCUCAGUCUGGACAGCAGCGACGUGCCGGUGCAGCGCCGCAGACUUGACCGCGCGCUCAACUGGCCAGGCAUCGCUGGCUCGACACGCAGCAAUUCCGUGGCGAGCAGAACGCAGUCGACCUCAAGUCCCGAGCCAAGCACGCGCACGACCACUGCUACAGCGGACUCGUACGAGCGCAUCAAGCGGCCGGCCUUCCAGCGAGCACUUACCUCGGUUCGCUUCUCGUCCCAUGCUAGCAGGGUUUCGUCCCCCUUGGCUAGUCCGUCGCUGUCCCGCAGGCAGUCACGCUCCAAUUCACCCUCGCCCAGUCGCCAGAUUGACAAUGCUACUCGUCACAUAGCCCAGUCAGGACGGAGCAGGAGCGCCUCGUCACCCGUCCUUAGCACCUACGCGCGCACACACAUCCAGGCGCCAAACCCGAAUCUGUUCGAUCUGCUCCUGCCUCGUGAGAUCAAGCUACUCAUCUUCGGUUCACUCGUGGCCACAGUUGCCGACGAGAGACACCUGCCGCGUAAGCAUCGUUGGCACGGCCAUGCAGGAGCAAUGCGACAGCUCGUCUUGCUCUCACGGGUAUCACGAUCGUGGAUGGACAUCGCUUUUGACGGACAGCUCUGGCAAUCGCUCGAUUUUGCCAGCAUUGGCAGCGAGAACAUCAAUGAGCAAGGCGUCGUACGUAUAGCAGCCCACUGCGGCUCUUUUGCGCGUUCUGCGGACUUAUCUGGAUUUGCCAAUCUGUCUGCGCAUGCGAUGCGGCAGAUCUGCGAUGCCUGUCUGACCACGAGUCCGUCGGGUCUCGUACAGAACCAGCUCACAUCGAUCAAUCUAACCGGAUGUCACACGAUCAGCACCCUCUGCCUGCAUUAUCUGCUAGCUCGCUCGCCCGAGCUCGACACGCUCAAAAUGCCUGGUCUGGCUUCUGUCGUCAACUCGACGCUUGAGAUUCUGGCCGGUACGGUGAGAGCGCUCAGGCACCUUGACGUGGGUAGAUGUCCCAACCUUGAGGCAUCUGCGUUACUUAGACUUGCACGACCCGAGCUCAGCGCACCUUUGACCGUCCUCAAGGCAUCUCGCCUGCGGCUGAUGAAUGAUCACGUAUUUGGUCGCCUAUCGAGUCUUUUCCCACUGCUGGAGGUUCUGGAUGUCAGCCGGUCGCGAGCAUUGACCGAUAGUGGCAUCGCUGCCUUCGUCAAAGCAGAUGAUGAUUCGCCCUUUGACAAAGCGCAAGUGACGGCUAAGCUUCUUGGAAGACAGAAUCUGGCGACUAUGGGUUGGCGCAGACGGACAGCAUUGCGCUCGCUCUCGCUGUCACACUGCUCCUCGCUGACGGCCGUCUCGCUCGCUCAUCUCAUUCUUGCUGUGCCUGAGCUGCAGAUUCUCGAGCUAGCCGGCUUGCACCGAGCAAUCACCGACGAUGCUUUGAUCCCUCUUCUCUCGACCCUUCCGCAACUACGCAAGUUGGAUCUCGAGGACGCGGCGGAGAUCAGUCCGGCUGUCUUGCACGCCUUGACGCCAUCGACGAAAAUGCGGACCCGAGAGGGUGCAGGUCGAUUGCUCGAGCAUCUCGUGCUGUCGUCCGCCGUCAACAUGAGCGAUGAAGCCACGUUGAACCUCAUCAGCCGAUGCCUACACCUCAGAAUCAUCGAGCUUGACAACUGUCCGGGCAUCAGUGACGUGUCGCUACGCAAAUUCGUCGAGACGAUGAGAGCUCGUGGGACGCGAGCCAGCGAGAUCAAUGUCACUGACUGCCGCGCGAUCACCCGCGACGCAUUGCCGCCAGCCAUGCUGGGCUCGGUGAGACCGAGACGAGGUCAAGCAGAUUCAUGGCGCUACGAUGCGCUCCAUUAUGGCGAGCCUGCUGCAAGUCUCACAGAUGAGCUUGACGACAGGAGGGUUAUCGUUCAUUCGUUCUGGCAAUGGGCGAUGCUCGACGACAGACAACGCGACAGAGACGAGACAGAUCGUGCGCAGGAACCUCGUCAGCGUUGGUCAGCGCGGCUGAGAUCGCCGUCAGAGUCUAGUGACUCGAUGUGCGCGGUCAUGUAGAUUGCACUGCAUAAUGCUGUUGUCUGGCAACAAUUUCGAGCAUUAUAGACUUUGCUCCCCCAAUCUGCUCUUCAUCGCAUGCUCCAACAAUCUCCGCGUCGCUUCCAGGCUGAUGAUAUGUUCGUUCGUGGACUUCUAGCCGGCACGCACUAAGAGCGUCGCGAAAGGUUUGCAGUGUUUGUGGGUUGCGCACAGUUGAAGCAAUGAGCGCCUGGCCUGACUCAACACUGGAGAGACUGAGUAGCUGAUGGAUACACUUGGCCAGCGGUCGACAAAGCGCGGGGUCAUAUACGAUGUCAGCGCCUAGUAUGAGGAGUCGCUUUGGCGCGUUCGGCAGUAUCCGUGGCAGCUCCGGUUGGCACCAGUCCAGCUUCUGAAUGCACACAUUCGAUGCGACGUCAUCUAACCAUCCCGAUCAGCGAG